GGCGCGGCGGUUGUUUGCCCCUUUUGCGGAGCGCUUCGGUGCGGUACCGACGAGCCCAGCUGCUCCCUCCUCCCGGGACCAUGGCGCUGCUCUAUAGUUGACGAUUGUUUUUCCCCCCCUCACCUUCUUCUGCUUCUUUUCCUCCCUCCUCCUCCUCUCUCUCCUCCACCGGGUCCCGGCUCGGACGAGCGGCAGCUCCCGGACCCCCUGUCCUCUCCCUCUGCCCCCAUAGGAACAGGCUAUAAGGGAAGCGCGGGCGGCUUGCUGCCGCACCAUGAGCAUCAUCGUCGGCAUCGGCGGGGUCACCAAUGGAGGCAAGACCACGCUGACCCACAAGCUCAUGCAGGCCCUGCCCAACUGCAGCGUGGUGCAUCAGGAUGACUUCUUCAAGCCCCAGGACGACAUAGAAGUUGAAGAUGGAUUUAAACAGUAUGAUGUUAUUAGUGCCUUGGAUAUGGAAGCUAUGAUGAGUACCAUCAAUGCUUGGAUGAAAAACCCAAUUAAGUUUGAACGCUCACAUGGCAUCAAUAACACCUUGGAUGCCAAAAUAUUACAGUAUUCAGGAGAGAGAGAUGAAACAAUCCAUAUUCUUAUUGUAGAAGGCUUUCUUCUUUACACUUACAGACCAUUGACUGAGAUAUUCAACCAUCGGUACUUCCUUUCCAUUCCAUAUGAAGAAUGCAAGAAAAGGAGGAGUUCAAGGAACUACACUGUACCAGAUCCUCCUGGAUUGUUUGAUGGCCAUGUCUGGCCCAUGUAUGUUAAACAUAAGAAAAUAAUGGAGGAUUUCGAAGUGGAUGUGGUUCAAUUGGAUGGAACAAAAUCAAAGGAGGAGCUGUUUAAUGAAGUUUAUGAACAGAUCCAGAACAAGAUUGAGAAACUGCUGUUUAUGCAGUACCUUUCUCCUUUAGAAAGUCAACUUAAAUUCAGGAGUGAAAAAUUGUGAGACUGGAUGGAGAAGAGUGGUACCUGUCUAUUCUUCAGCACCUGCUACUGAAGACGGGGACAAAUAACUAAACUAAGCUGCACAUGAACAAUUAAAGUGCUGUAUUUUAAGAGUACAAACACCUAAAAUAUAAGCAAUACUCUCUACCCACUUUUAUUAUUUAAAAAAAAUAAACUGCUGGAGGAUAAUUCUAAUAAGGCAAUUUCUUAGAAACAUUAAAAUACCUUUUUAGUUGGCAAUUGGCUCUUCAUUACUGAAGAAAUUGUUUUAUCAAGCACUGCAGACUGGGCAGCUACAUAAGAGAUAAAAAGUUAGUUACACAACUUUGGCUACAUUGCAGUUGAAGCAUUUUCCUGCUAUAUUAUUACAUAUUAUUUACACUAAUAUGACGACAAUAAUACAGUACAUGGAAACUAUUGUACAAUUCAGUUUGUUUAGUAGAAUGGGAAUAAUUCAGGUGGGUUUUUUUUAGGUUGUAUAUUCUCCAGUAUAAUAAUCUAGUUGGACUUCUUCACAUUUGUUUAAUAAGUUUUUUUCUAGUUAUUUCUAGAACAGAUAAGAUAUUGGUGCAUGUUAGUGAAGUCUGAACUUCAUGUUUUGGGGAAAGGGGAGGGGGAGUUCCAAAAUGUUUUGGAAUUAGAGAAGUUUCAUACUAAAGUUCCAGCAGGCUGAUUAUAUAAAAAUAUUGUAUAAUGUUAAAAAGGGAGCUGUGACAAGCUAUGGCAACAUUGCCUGUGCUGAGUUAGUUCAAUACACCACUCAUUUUAGGUGCACAUUUUUCUUAUACCAAUAACUACAAUUUUAGUAGCCUUAAUCCAUUUAAUUAUUGUAUUUCCAUAUUCUACAGCCACAGUAUUUAACAUUCAAAUUUUAACCAUGAUAGGCAUAUGCCUAAUGUCCAUUUUGUACAGUUCAAAUUCAGGGACUGCAAGAACAGAACAUGGGAUCAUUUGACUAUGAGAGUCUUAGCACUCAGAUAGCAUAUGCAUGUACUUUGAGAUACAAUAAAAAGUUGCAUAACUGAAGAUGGAAUAAGUGAAUUAGUGUUAUGUUCAUUUUCCAUAGCUCGUCACACUCCAUCUCUGUGCCAGAGACACAAAUAAAAACCUCAGAUCAGAGGUGUGGGGUAUGAGAGUGCUGGAAUUGCAUGUUAAGAACAGUUGAAACCUGUUAUCUGUAGUCCAUAUUGUAAGUUUUGGGAAACAGCAUUGUUACUUUGCAAAUAAACAAAAAACUUUUUAAUCA